CCGAGGACGAUGGCGGAGCUCGCGCGCGCGGGGUUGCUCGGCGGACACGUCGCGCCCGCGGGGUGUCCUCGGGAGGUGAUCGACGCGAUUCCGUCGUUCAAGUACUCCCCGGAGACGUUCGCGGACGUCUCGGGGGGGAAAGAGGACGCGAUAUGUUCCGUGUGCAUCGAUCCGUUCGAGGAAGGGGACGAAGUCCGAGCGCUCCCGAUGUGCGAGCACGCGUUUCACAAGGAGUGCAUCGACGAGUGGUUGUCGCAGAACACGACGUGCCCCAACUGCCGCGCGUCGUUGCCGUUGCCGGAAGUCGAAGGCGGCGGCGGCGGCGGAGACGGCGACGGAGACGGCGGAGACGAUGGCGCGGCGUCGCCGCGGCCGGUGACGCCGAGGGACAUCGAACUCGGCGCCGUCGCCGGCGAGGGAGUCCCAGGAGAGGUCGAGACGCGGUCGACGCCCCCGGGCGCCGCGCCGCCGGCGAACGAAGACCGACGACGGUUAAAUCCGUUCGCAGAGCCGCCGACGGCGCCGCCGGCGCGGCUCGCGACGAACCCGUUCGGGAACCGCGCGCUCGAGCCGCCGCCGGCGUCGCGGCAUCCGGACGCGCCGAGGCGCGCGCGAGGGACGAACCCGUUUUCGUCGCCGGGCUCGAGAGGGGGGACGCCGCCGGGGGGGUCGGGGCGCGUGCACCCGUCGCCCUAAACCCUAACCUGCCGCGAUGAUGCGUUUUUAUUCUUUCGGAGUUAUGUUCGUACUGUAUUUAUAUACGUUGUACGCUAGUUAGCCAGCUUUGUUGAAACACUUAUCUCAUAAAUUAAG